AUGUACGAACGUCUCUUGACCGACUUCGAGCUGUCCCCAGGGGAAGACGGCGAGAACGUAAUCCGCCUAGUCAAUCCGCAAGGAUACACCUGGACCCUGAGCCUGGUCACCGAGCUCGCUUUCCGGAUCACCUUGGAAGGACCUGACAGGAGACUCCCCCCACACGAUAAUUUCGUUAGACCUCUUCCUCUUCCCUUGCCGUUCACGAACCUCAAAUACGGAAGUGAACAUGGGGACGGGAAGAAGGAGAUCUCCUUUGAUUUCGUGUCCGGGCAACAACUCGUCAUCGACUAUACCUACGAUAUCAUCCUGGCCGUCUACGAAACCUUACAUGACUUGCCCGAAGAUGAUAAGAGGAGGAAGAGGCUCGUCUAUCAGACUUUGCCUAAUAGGGGAUUCUGUCUGAGCGAACAUGGAGUGGUGAGGUAUAACCGCGUUUUGGAAGGGAGUCUGCAUAUGGGCUUGGGGGAGAAGGCUGCACCGAUAGAUUUGACGGGAAGGGAUUUCAAGCUCACGGGGACCGAUGCUGCCGCUUACGAUGCUUACCAGACGGACCCGCUAUACAAACACACUCCUUUCCUGAUCACCCUCCCCCGCCCGAUCCCUAUCCACCCAACCCCCUCACCCACCUCAAACCUCCUAAACAACUACUGGGCAUCAAUCGACCUUUCCGACCCAGUCUCAGGGGAAAUAACCAAACACCUAGAACCGGGAGAAUGGAUCCAACCGGCGCCCUAUGCGACGUGGUGGACGAGCAAUUCCGAUGGGGUGGUCGAUAUCAGGAGGGGGACGAACGAUCCGAAUGGCGUUUUUAAGCGGUAUGAACAGGGGUGGGGAGGGUUGGAAGAGGUUGUUUUUCUCGGGCAUGCCGAGUUGCACUUAGGGGAAGGAGGAGAGGGGAAGUAUGAGCUGGAGAAGAAGGUACUGGCGGAGGGUCUCGAAUUGAAUUUGAAGGGUGAUAGACGAGCGAGGAAGGUGGUUGGACUGCGUGAACUCGUCAGGGCGUUUGCGGAUCUGGUGGGGUCGCCAAAGUUGGUCCCAAGAGAUUGGCUCGGGUACUUGGCAAGCGGUAUGGGGAUCGGCGAAUCCGACUCGCCACCAGCCCAAGAACUCUUGGAAAAUUGGCCUGACGAAUGCGCCAAGUACGAUAUCCCCUGUUCGGGGAUGCACCUCUCUUCGGGAUAUACGGUCGGGGAGGAUGGGAACCGUUAUGUCUUUGGGAUGAAUAAGAAACGGUACCCCGAUUUCAAGGCGAUGGUCACCAAGUUUCAUCAGAGGGGGAUCAGGGUCGUCCCGAACAUCAAACCUUAUGUCUUGAACACCCACCCAGAUUACGAAAACCUCAGGGAAGCAGGAGCUCUCUUCCAUAACCCGUGGACGGGGAAACAGGUCAUGGCGCCCAUCUGGAGCGCCGGGGUCGGCGACACUCAGCUAGGCAGUUGGGUAGAUAUGACGCACCCUCAAGGUCGACAAUGGUGGUACGACGGAGUCAAGGGGUUGGUCGAGCUCGGGUGUGAUGGGAUGUGGAACGACAACAACGAGUACCUCUUGCACAAUGACGAUUAUGUGCCUCGAUGGGACGAUGCGACUAGGAAGACCAACUCGUUUGACGGCAAGAUCAACGUCGGCACGCUCGGCAGGAUGUACAACACCCAACUGAUGGCCAAGACCAGCCACGAUGCCUGUCUCGAUGCCAACCCCGACCGCAGGACGUUCGUACUCACCCGGUCGGGCAAUGUGGGAACUUUUCGAUAUGCGAGUUCGACAUGGUCGGGCGAUAACUAUACGAACUGGAAGACCCUUCGAGGAAGCGUAGCGAUGGGCCUCAAUGCAGGACUAUCUUUGAUGCAGUCAUACGGCACGGACGUAGGAGGAUUCGCCGGCCCCCUACCUUCGCAGGAACUAUUCGUCCGAUGGGUACAGUUUGGGUGUACGAAUUCGAGGUUCUGCAUCCAUAGUUUCAAGCCGAACAAGGGUGAUCUGAGUGGGGCGCUUACGAAUAAUUUGCCUUGGAUGUAUCCCGAGGUACUACCCAUCAUCCGCCAGGCGAUCAAGCGGAGAUACCAGCUUCUGCCCUACUUCAACUCUCUGAACUGGGAAUCUCACCUACUAUCAGAACCUCCCAACUCGUACCUCGGCAGCGGUCCAUUCGCUCAAGACCCCAACCUCUACUCGGCCGAAAUUCUGGAAGGGUUCGACUAUUGGUUAGGAACCGGUCGACUGCUCGUGGCUGGCGCUUUCCAAGAAGGACAGACGAGGAAGAGGGUUUAUUUCCCUCAAGCUUAUCCGGGGGAUAGGACACCGUACAUCAGGGUCACUGAGGGGGAUAUCGAGUAUGAGUCGCACGAGGCGGGGACUUGGGCAGAGGUGAACAUUCCCCUGGUGCAAACUGCGAUCUUUGCCCGUGCUGGUUCGGUGAUCCCUGUGGGGAAAGACCAUGUCACCGUCACAGCCGAGACGGGCUUACCGAGGGCCUGCGUAGGCGGCGCAGAGAUCGAGCUGGGUGUUACUUCUGGUUCGGAAAGCGCUAGUGGCGUGAGUCUCGAUGAUUAUCGAGGAGUGGAGAUCUUCCCGCCCCUUGCCGAUCAAGCGGAGGGCUUCAAGGGCGAGGGCGUCUGGGUUGAGGAUGAUGGCGUUUCUCGUGAACCCAAAUCCACGGUGGUCAAGGUCAGCUACCAGGUGGAAGGCGAUGAGAUCGCCGUCAAGGCCGAAUGGCUGCAGCGCGACUUUGAUGUGGCCUGGGGUAGCGAGUUGCUGGUCUAUCUGCCUAGGGGAGACGAUCGAUCGGUCAAAGGCGCGUCGGGGGAGAAGAUCGGGGGACGCACUGCUUUCCGUGUGGCCGUGGUCUAG